UCAGUUCUAUUGUUUAGCGUCGUUCGCGUCUCUCUGUGGUACGCAAAUUAAAUAACAAUUGCAGAGCAAAUUAAAAAAUACAAAGACGUAAAUUCAACUUUUGUGUGUGAAACUACACUUUAUUUUUUAUUUAAUAAUCAACAACCAGCAUUUAAGCACUGUAAACAGCUACGAUGUCCGAGUGCGCCAGCGAAGUAGCCGAACCGCAGACAGAUCAUCAUGUGCACUUUGAUGCGACGACCCUAAAGACUGACGACUUCGGCUCCGACAGCUGUGUGACGUAUCAGCGAUCGGGCGAUACGAUUGUCGUGAGCCUGGGCUUUCUGCAGAUCAAUCAUCGAUAUCUGAUCGAUCUCAAUUUGCCAGUGACGCUGUUUGAGAACACGGGAGCACCGGGCACCAAGUUCGUGCCGGUUGUGAGCGCCACACCGAAUCUGCACUGCAAGAUCACCGAAUUUACGGGCACCAAGCACGACGAGCACGAUUUCUAUGAGAUGAAGAUCGAGUUCUUUGCCUACAAGGAGAAGCUGCUGCGCGAGGUCCUGCACAUUGUCAACUCGAACAAUGCCAAGGAGGUGCUGCAGCUGGUGAUUGCGGCGCGUGUACUGGGCAAGGGCAAGGGCACGCCCAUGCUGCGUACGGGCAUCCAUUGCAUAGGCGUCGAGCGGGACGACGAUGACUCAGAAUCAUCCGAUUUUGCGGGCUUCGAUAAGCCCUAAGCCAAUUGAUCCCACACUAAACUGGCUUUUAGUUUCUGGUUUCUUAGUUAUGUGCAGUUAUUUGCAUAGUAUUUAAGUCGACAACAAAAUAUAUAGAAAACAUAAUCAUAAUAAUGUUAAUUUAUAAACCAUGUACGCGCAUGUUUCGUGUAAACAAUUGCAAUUGCAAUUGUUGUUUCCAAAAAUUGUAUGCCCCCCUUUCUUGUCCAAAUAUUUGUCAACAUAUCUGUGCAUUAAUCUCCCAAUAUUGAUUGACACAACAUGUUUAUGCAACGAAUUGUCAAUUGAGUCGUUCUGACAGCUUGUUCGCUGUCCUUUGUAUUAGAAUUUACACUUGCCUCUGACAUGCUAUGUACUUAUAGAAUAUCUGAAUUGGACAAAUGUCUGAAACGCAUACCAAAUGCAACAAAUUAACAUAUUUGCUCGAUAGUCGCAGCUAAAAUGUGCAACAAAUGUAACGCAUUAAGCGAAUUCUAAUUGAAGUAAUGGAAACUGUUUUCCCUUACAAUUUUCUAAUGAUAUAUUUUAACUCUUUACAUCUGUGAAGGAAAGCUCUUUGAAAUUCUAAACUCUAUGCGUUCAUUGUCUAUGUUUUAAGAGCUCGGACUACUUACACACAUAU